UGCCCCCGGACACGCUGCCCAACCGCACGGUCACCCUGAUACUGAGUAAUAAUAAAAUAUCCGAGCUGAAGAAUGGCUCAUUUUCUGGGUUAAGUCUUCUUGAAAGAUUGGACCUUCGAAACAAUCUUAUUAGUAGCAUAGAUCCAGGUGCCUUCUGGGGGCUGUCAUCGCUAAAAAGAUUAGACCUGACAAACAAUCGGAUAGGAUGUCUGAAUGCAGAUAUAUUUAGAGGACUCCCCAACCUGGUUAGGCUAAAUCUCUCGGGGAAUUUGUUUUCUUCAUUAUCUCAAGGAACUUUUGAUUAUCUUGGCUCACUACGGUCUUUAGAAUUCCAGACAGAGUAUCUUUUGUGCGACUGUAACAUAUUGUGGAUGCAUCGCUGGGUAAAAGAGAGGAACAUCACUGUCCGGGACACCAGGUGUGCUUAUCCUAAGUCCCUGCAGGCCCAGCCAGUCACAGGUGUGAAGCAGGAGCUACUGACAUGCGAUGCACCCCUUGAAUUGCCGUCAUUCUAUAUGACCCCAUCUCACCGUCAGGUUGUAUUUGAAGGGGACAGCCUCCCUUUCCAGUGCAUGGCCUCCUAUAUUGAUCAGGACAUGCAGGUGCUGUGGUCUCAGGAUGGGCGGAUAGUUGAAACAGAUGAAUCGCAAGGCAUCUUUGUUGAAAAGAAUAUGAUUCACAACUGCUCGUUGAUUGCAAGUGCCCUAACCAUCUCUAAUAUUCAGGCUGGAUCUACUGGAAAUUGGGGCUGCCAUGUCCAGACCAAACGUGGGAACAAUACGAGAACUGUCGACAUUGUGGUGUUAGAAAGCUCUGCCCAGUACUGCCCUCCCGAGAGGGUGGUAAACAAUAAAGGUGACUUCAGGUGGCCCAGAACUUUGGCGGGCAUUACGGCAUAUCUGCAGUGUACUCGUAACACUCACGGCAGUGGAAUAUAUCCUGGGAACCCACAGGAUGAGAGAAAGGCUUGGCGCAGAUGUGACAGAGGUGGCUUUUGGGCAGAUGAUGACUAUUCUCGAUGCCAGUAUGCAAAUGAUGUCACUAGAGUACUCUAUAUGUUUAAUCAGAUGCCCCUCAAUGUUACAAAUGCUGUGGCAACAGCUCGACAAUUAUUGGCUUACACCGUGGAAGCAGCCAACUUUUCUGACAAAAUGGAUGUUAUAUUUGUGGCCGAAAUGAUAGAAAAAUUUGGAAGAUUUACCAAAGAGGAAAAAUCAAAAGAGCUUGGUGAUGUGAUGGUUGACAUUGCAAGUAACAUCAUGUUGGCUGAUGAGCGUGUCCUGUGGCUGGCACAGAGGGAAGCCAAAGCCUGUAGUAGAAUUGUUCAGUGUCUACAGCGAAUUGCAACAUACCGACUAGCAAAUGGUGCUCAUGUUUAUUCAACAUCUUCACCCAACAUUGCUCUGGAAGCUUAUGUCAUCAAGGCUGCUGGCUUCACUGGGAUGAUGUGUACCGUGUUCCAGAAAGUGGCAACCUCUGACCGGACAGGACUGUCUGACUAUGGGAGGCGAGACCCAGACGGAAACCUAGAUAAGCAGCUGAGCUUCAAGUGCAAUAUUUCAAAUACAUUUUCGAGUCUGGCACUGAAGAAUACUAUUGUGGAGGCUUCUAUUCAGCUUCCUCCUUCCCUUUUCUCACCAAAACAAAAAAGAGAAGUCAGACCAACCGAUGACUCUCUAUACAAGCUCCAACUCAUUGCAUUCCGCAAUGGGAAGCUUUUUCCAGCAACUGGAAAUUCGACAAAUUUGGCUGAUGAUGGAAAACGACGCACUGUGGUUACCCCUGUGAUUCUCACUAAAAUAGAUGGUGUGAAUGUAGAUACCCACCACAUUCCUGUUAAUGUGACUCUGCGUCGAACCGCACACGGAGCAGAUGCUGUCGCAGCCCAGUGGGAUUUCGAUUUGCUGAACGGACAGGGAGGCUGGAAGUCAGAUGGGUGCCAUAUACUCUACUCAGAUGAAAAUAUCACUACAAUUCAGUGCUACUCCCUUAGUAACUAUGGGGUUUUAAUGGAUUUGACGGGGUCUGAACUAUAUACCCAGGCAGCUGAUCUUUUGCAUCCUGUUGUUUACACUACUGCUGUAAUUCUUCUCUUAUGUCUCUUAGUUGUCAUCAUCAGUUACAUAUACCAUCACAGUUUGAUUAGAAUCAGUCUGAAAAGUUGGCAUAUGCUUGUGAACUUGUGUUUUCAUAUUUUCCUGACCUGUGUUGUCUUUCUGGGAGGCAUAACUCAAACCAGAAACGUCAGCAUCUGCCAAGCAGUUGGAAUAAUUCUUCAUUAUUCCACUCUUGCCACAGUACUCUGGGUGGGAGUGACAGCUCGAAAUAUCUAUAAACAAGUCACUAAAAAAGCUAAAAGAUGUCAGGAUCCUGAUGAACCUCCACCUCCACCAAGACCAAUGCUCAGGUUUUACCUGAUUGGUGGUGGCAUCCCUAUCAUAGUGUGUGGCAUAACAGCAGCAGCAAACAUCAAGAAUUAUGGCAGCCGGCCAAAUGCGCCUUAUUGCUGGAUGGCGUGGGAACCCUCUUUGGGAGCCUUCUAUGGACCUGCCAGCUUCAUCACUUUCGUAAACUGCAUGUACUUUCUAAGCAUAUUUAUUCAGUUGAAACGACAUCCUGAACGCAAAUACGAGCUUAAAGAGCCCACUGAGGAGCAGCAGAGACUGGCAGCCAACGAAAAUGGUGAAGUAACGCAUCAGGAUUCCAUGUCUUUGUCACUGAUUUCUACAUCAGUAUUGGAAAAUGAGCACACUUUUCAUUCUCAGCUUUUGGGGGCCAGCCUCACUUUGCUCUUAUACGUGGCUUUGUGGAUGUUCGGGGCCUUGGCUGUUUCUUUGUAUUACCCUUUGGACUUGGUGUUUAGCUUCUUUUUUGGAGCCACAUGCUUAAGCUUCAGUGCGUUCAUCAUGGUCCACCAUUGUGUUAAUAGGGAGGAUGUUAGACUUGCCUGGAUCAUGACUUGCUGCCCAGGAAGGAGCUCAUAUUCAGUGCAAGUCAAUGUCCAGCCUCCCAGCUCCAGUGGGACGAAUGGAGAGGCUCCUAAGUGCACCAAUAGUAGUGCAGAAUCUUCCUGCACUAACAAAAGUGUAUCAAGCUUCAAAAAUUCCUCCCAAGGCUGCAAAUUAACGAAUUUGCAGGCUGCUGCAGCUCAGUGCCAUACCAGUUCUCUCCCUUUAAACUCUGUGCCACAGCUUGAUAAUAGCCUGACCGAACACUCGAUGGACAAUGAUAUUAAAAUGCACGUGGCGCCUUUAGAAGUUCAGUUUCGAACAAACAUGCACCCAAGUCGCCAUCAUAAAAACAGAAGUAAAGGACACAGGGCAAGCAGACUCACAGUCCUAAGAGAAUAUGCCUAUGACGUCCCAACGAGUGUGGAAGGAAGUGUGCAGAAUGGCUUACCCAAAAGUCGGCCCGGCAAUAACGAAGGACAUUCAAGGAGUCGAAGAGCUUAUUUGGCUUACAGAGAGAGACAGUACAACCCGCCCCAACAAGAUAGCAGUGAUGCUUGUAGCACACUUCCCAAAAGCAGCAGAAAUUUCGAAAAGCCCGUGUCAACUAGUAGUAAAAAAGAUGCUGUAAGGAAGCCGAUUGUAGUUGAGCUUGAAAGUCAGCAGAAAUGUUACGGCCUCAACUUGGCCAUUCAGAAUGGACCAAUUAAAAGCAACGGACAGGAAGGACCCUUACUCAGUACGGAUAGCACUGGCAAUGUUAGGACUGGGUUAUGGAAACACGAAACUACUGUGUAGCAUUGGUGGGCUUCCUUGACAGAAAUUCACGUAAACUGUGAUACUCACAUUCCUUUAAGCUAUAAACAUCUGUAAACAGACUGUUUACAGCCAGCAUAGGGAUUCAAAAAAUUUUGGAAUAAACUUCUAAGUUUUGGAUUUUACUUAUUUUAAAUCCCUAAAAUGUUGAUUUUUUUAUGAUUAUAUAAAAAAACUUUUUAAGGCCUUCCUUUAGUUGUCAGAAUACCAACCAGGACAUUUUGGGAAUGUGAAAUGUAAUUUCUUAGAAUCUGUAAUACCUACUUAACAUUUCAGGCUUAUAUUUAAUACAAUAAAUAGUUGUUUGUCAUUGUGUCA